GCACUCGACGCGGCAGAAAGCGUUUACACACGUUAACUCAACUGAUCGCAACAGGGAAAAAUUUCAACUCUCGUUUCAGCUAUCUGUGUGUUGUGCCCAAAGAAAAGUGUCAAGUUGUUGGAAAACGCUUCGUGUGUGAACUUUGCCAAAAACAAAAAUAACAAUAACAAUAAAAGACAUUUGCAUUUGUUGUUAAUGGUCGAGUGCCUCAAAAUUCAUACAUUGGUGGUUUUUCGGUAAUUCGAGACCAAAUAAACAAGGUUGACUGAACUUGUUGCUAGGUACUUUCGCAUUGCUCAUCAUAAUUUAUAGUCUAUGGAAAUAACUAGCAGAUAAGAACGGUGAAAAUGUCUUCAGAUCGAUUUCACAAGGCUGCCAAAGAUGGACUCCUCGAUGUGCUUAAGGAGGCGACACGCAGGGAUGCAAAUGCCAAGGAUGACGACUCAAUGACUCCCGUGAUGUGGGCAGCAUUUGAGGGAAGACUGGACGCACUACGUUUGUUAUGUGGCAGAGGUGGUGAUCCCGACAAAUGCGAUCAGUUUGGCAACACUGCUCUUCAUUUGGCCGCAGCCAAGGGACAUUUACAUUGCGUCGAUUUUCUCAUCAAAUUCGGUGUCAACAUUUACGCUCUGGACAUCGAUAGACAUAAUGCCAAGGAUCUGGCGGCUAUAAAUAAUCGAGAUGAGAUCUUGCGUUAUCUCGAUGCAGCCGCGGCCAACUUUGAAACAAAUGAAAAAAAGAAAUCAAAGGCGCUUAAAGAGUUGGCUGAAAAGGAGUGCGAGAAACGCGUCAAGGAAUACAUGAAACGUCAGCAGCGCCAGGAACACGGCGAAUUCAGCGAUCUGAAGCCGCAUAGUGGACAAUCCUACGCCACCAGCAGCAAGUCCAGCAACAUGUUGUCCACGUUGAAGCAAAAGAUAUGGUCCAGCCAAGGGAAUUUAAAUAAGACACCGCGGGAACAGACACCACCUAUAGUUCCACAGCAGCCAUCGCGUGGUGGAGCCAAGUUCAGUGAUCUGGUGGGCAGUGGCAGCAGCAGCAGCGGUGGCUCCACCAUUGCCAGUCGCAUUGGCACCGUCCAGAAGAAGCCAUCAAUGCAUCAGCAAGUGAAGAGUCAACAUUCCAGCGCCUGUCCACAUGCAGCUGCAACCGAUGGGGGAUUCAAAGUACGAGAACUCGAACCCGAUGGCAAAAGAACAAUAACAUCGUUGACGGGACUCCAGAGGGACUCGGAGGUGCUUUACGUGGGCACCUUCAGUUCGACGGAGGAGAGCAUUGGCAAGCGUGGCAAGAUCGCUGAUGUCUUUGAGGUGGAUGAUGGCACAGAGCGUGAUUCCAGCAGAUUAGGAUACAGUACGGCAUUAUCACGCUCCUUUUCUCAGCCCGAUAUACUUGGCGAUGCACAGCUGACACAGGAACUGAACGAGGAGCUGGUGCUACAAAGACCAAUUGGCCUUUUCGAUCGACCCACCAUGUUGGGCAGCAUUGCCUUUAGACGCUCGGUAACUGCGGCUCUUAGCCAGCUUCAGUUGCAGUCGGAUUCUGUCGACAACAUGUCCAGUUCGACCAUGAGAAAUGCUGCGGGCAGCAACAACAACAAGUCACGUACUGGCGGCAACAAGGCGAGAUUGUAUUUGAAUCUAUCCGAUGACUCGGACUCCGAAGGUGACGGCGAUGAUGUCUACAGCGAGGACGAUGAGGAUCAGGAGGCAGCUGCAAGCGCCUUGCAACGUUUCCUCACUGUCUGGGCAUUGGAUGAGUAUCUGCCAGUUUUUCAGAAACAGGAGAUCGAUCAGGAAACCCUUAUGUUGCUAACGGAAGCGGAUCUGAAGUCGUUGGGUUUGCCCUUGGGUCCCUUUCGGAAGCUAACCUUUGCAAUACAGGAGCGUCGCAAUGCCCUGGCCAAUCCCGGACCCAUGGUGGACAGUAGAUUGUAGUUAAUAUUAGAGCUUUAAUCGAUGUACAACAAGAAUAAUACUACAAACUAAUUAAGC